CAGCCUCCGGCCGCAGCCACAGGUGCCCCCGCCCCGCCCGGCCAUGGGGCGCCAGGACAAGGGGGAGCAGCGGGACCCGGCGCCCUACGGGGAACAGUGUAAACAUGAUCCCUCAUUCCGGGGCCCGAUUCGGCAGAGGAGCUGCACCGACAUCAUCUGUUGCGUCCUCUUCAUGGUCUUCCUGGCCGGCUACAUGGUGGUGGGAAUCCUGGCCUGGCUCUACGGGGACCCCCGGCAGAUGAUUUACCCCCGGAACUCGACCGGCGCCUACUGUGGGAUCGGGGGCAACGCGGGCAAACCCUACGUGAUGUAUUUUGACCUGCUCCAGUGCGUCACCUCCCUCAACAUCCUGGCAGCGGCGAUGAACGGGCUGCAGUGUCCGACCACGCAGGUCUGCGUCACCUCCUGCCCCGACACCUUCUGGGUGGUGCCGCCUGCGGGGUAUCUGCCUGAGGCGAAGCCGGCGGCUGUGCUGAACCAGGCCUGGUGUAACCCCAGCCUGAACCUGUCCGACACCAGCCUGACGGUGUCGGAGAUUCUGAACCGGGAGCUCUGCCCUCGAUACACCAUCGCAUCCACGCCAACCUUCAGUCGCUGCUUCCCCGAUUUUAGCACAACCGUCCUGAGCAACUUCACCCUCCCGGGCCGGACGCCCAACGAGACCAAGGAGCUGAUCUCGUCCGGAGCCCAGCAGAUCGUGAAGUCUCUGAACGCCAAGGACAUCGGGAUGAAGAUCUUCGAGGAUUUUGCCAGCAGCUGGUACUGGAUCCUCAUCGGGCUGCUGAUCGCCAUGGUGCUGAGUCUGCUCUUCCUGCUGCUGCUGCGGCUGGUGGCCGGGGUGCUGGUCUGGGUGCUGAUCCUCGGGGUGCUGGCGGUCACGGCCUACGGGAUCUACCACUGCUGGCGGGAGUACAGCACCUUGCGCACGGCUGGCGCCACCAUCAGCAACGUUGGCUUCACCACCAACCUCAGCGUCUACUCCAACGUGCAGGAGACGUGGCUGGCGGCCCUGAUAAUCCUGGCUGUGGUGGAAGGUGUCCUCCUCCUCCUCCUCAUCUUCCUCCGCAAACGCAUCCUCAUCGCCAUCGCGCUCAUCCAGGAGUCCAGCCGAGCCAUCAGCUACAUGAUGUCCACCCUGUUCUACCCCCUGGUCACUUUCCUCCUGCUGCUCAUCUGUGUGGCCUAUUGGGCCAUGACGGCUCUCUAUCUGGCCACGUCCGGGACUCCCUUGUAUCGUGUCACUAGCAGCAAUUCCAGUGACCCCAGGUGCUCCGGCAUCUCGGGCAACGAGACCUGCAACCCCCUGACAUUCAACGCCUCCCGCUACCAGCCCUGCCCGGCCGCCGGCUGCACCUUCUACAAGUACAACGCCGAGGGGCUCUACCAGCGCAACCUCUUCAACCUGCAGCUCUACAACGCGCUGGGGCUGCUGUGGGCGGCCAACUUCGCGCUGGCGCUGGGGCAGUGCGUGCUGGCCGGCGCCUUCGCCUCCUACUACUGGGCACGGGACAAGCCCCGCGACGUCCCCGCCUGCGCCGUGGGGAGCGCCUUCCUGCGCACGCUGCGGUACCACACGGGGUCGCUGGCUUUCGGGGCCCUGAUCCUCACCAUCGUCCAGCUGAUCCGCAUCCUCCUGGAAUACCUGGACCACAAACUCAAAGGAGCGCAGAACCCCUUCACUCGCUGCCUGCUUUGCUGCCUGAAAUGCUGCUUCUGGUGCCUGGAGAAAUUCAUCAAAUUCCUCAACAGGAACGCCUACAUCAUGAUCGCGAUCUACGGGAAGAAUUUCUGCACCUCCGCCAAGAACGCCUUCAAACUGCUUAUGCGCAACAUCGUCAGGGUGGUGGUGCUGGACAAGGUGACUGACCUGCUGCUGCUCUUUGGGAAGCUGCUGGUGGUGGGGGGCGUCGGGGUCCUGGGGUUCUUCUUCUUCUCGGGCCAGAUCCAGAUCUCCGACCCCCAGUUCCGCUCGCCCUCCCUCAACUACUACUGGCUGCCCAUCCUGACGGUGGUGGUGGGCGCCUACCUGAUCGCCCAGGGAUUCUUCAGCGUCUACAGCAUGUGUGUGGACACCCUCUUCCUCUGCUUCCUGGAGGACCUGGAGCGGAACGACGGCUCGGUGGAGAAGCCGUACUACAUGUCGUCCUCCCUCAUGAAGAUCCUCAACAAGAAGAACAAGAAGGCGGGGACGAAAUAGCCCCCCCCAAGUGUGGGGCACUGCCCCUCCCCCAUCACUCCAUUUCCUGUUGGGGGCCCCCCAUUCGCCCCCCUGCCCGGUGGCCAUCU